CUUGAAACAAAGCACAGGACGGGCACGAGGAUACUAUGGCGUCAGGUGAUGCCCAGAAGCACGAGCUAAAUGAGCCCUGGGCUGUCUGGGAGCAACGCGAGCAAGGGAAGAAUAUGUCGUAUGGUGACAAGCUCUUUAAGCUCUGUACCUUUAGCACUGUCGAGGAGUUUUGGGGUUACUGGAACAACAUCCCGUCACCCAGCCAGGUGCUUUUUGACGGCUUCACGCAUAAGAAGUUUGCGGACCGAACGGUGGAAGGUUUCGCCGUCUUCAAGGACGGCAUCGUACCCGAGUGGGAGGACCCAGAGAACAAAAACGGCGGCGAAUGGUCUAUCCGGAAAGAGGUGGGAGCCCAGGAACUGGACGAGUUCUGGGAGAAGCUAGUGCUAGGUGCCAUCGGAGAGCUCAUCGACCCCGGUAACGAGGUGACGGGCGUUCGAGUUAUCCACAAGAACAACAAGAAGGACAAGAAUAACCUCGGCAACAAUUACCGCUACGAGAUCUGGCUGCGAGGUACAAGUCGCGUCAAAGCCGACGAGAUCCGCAACAAGACACUGGACGUGGUCAACUCGGGCAGCUCCGGCGCGCCUUGGGUGUCCAAUGAGAAGCUGCUGUCUCCGAAGCGAAAGCUAAUCUAUGGCCUGUUCGCCUUUGGGCCUGGCACGGUGUUGGGACUCUAUCUGUACUCGGUGAAGCAAAAGAUGGACCGAGAUAACGAGGCUCUGCGUCUGGAGCAAGUGGAGACUGAGAUGAGUCUCGUCCAGGAGCGACAGAACAAAGAUUUAGUGCUGGCGUCCGCCAUUCAGGACAUGCGGGACCGUCUCCGACGACUCGAGGCGGAGGCUAUUACCAGUCGGGAAAACGCUGCCAAAAUGCGAGCGAGAGCAAGAUCGAAGCAGCUUUGGCGCUGCUGA